AUGGGAGUUCAUGGAUUAUGGGAGCUCUUGGCGCCAGUGGGGCGGCGCGUGUCGGUGGAGCUCCUCGGCAACAAGAAGCUGGCGAUCGAUGCCAGCAUUUGGAUCAUCCAGUUUCUCAAGGCUAUGCGCGAUGAUCGUGGAGAAGUGAUGCGCAAUGCGCACCUCCUGGGAUUCUUUCGCCGGAUUUGCAAGCUCUUGUUCCUCCGCGUCAAGCCUGUGUUUGUCUUCGAUGGUGGCACGCCAUUCUUGAAGAGGAGGACUGUGAUUGCGAGGAGAAGGCAGCGAGAGCAAGCACAGUCGAAAAUCCGCAAGACGGCUGAGAAGCUACUGCUGAAUCACCUAAAAGCAAAGAAGCUCGAGGAACUCGUUCGUGAGGAGCAACCAAAUGCUCCAGACCAAGCACGAGCAAAUGGAGAAAUUCCUUCGAGCUCUUCUCAAGCCAAAACUUCUUCUGACCAAGAAAAUGCCGACGCAUUGUUGGCAGCUUCUUUAGCAAAAGAGUGGGAGGAAGAUGGUGCCAUAGACUUGGAUUCUGGCUCCGAGGAACAACAACAAAUACUCCCUGUGGUUAACGGAAAAGUUGAUCCCGAAGUUCUUGCGUCGCUACCGCCAUCCAUGCAACUUCAACUCUUUGACGAGAUGAGGGAGCAACUUGUUGCAGAAAAUCGACAGAAGUUUGAGAAAGUUGCGAAGGCACCUUCUUCGUUUUCAAAACUUCAGAUUGAGGCUUACUUAAAAACAGUAGCCUUUCGCCGGGAUAUCAAUCUCGUGCAAAAAGCGGCUGCGAACAUAAGUAAAGAUGGUGUUCCAAGCGUUCGAAUUGCUUCAGAAGCCAAUCGCGAGUAUAUUUUCUCGACGGAAGCUGGAAAGAAAAAGAGCCAAGAUGGGGUGCAAAAUGUCGAAGAGACUACUGCGAAGCAGAUGUCUAAAGACAUAGAAGAAAGGGGAGCAGCAGAUAGGAGCACUGUUCAGACAUAUCUCGAUAGUAAAGGGAGAAAACGAGUUAGCAGGAUCAGGGGAAUGGGUGUUCGGAUGACUCGUGAUUUACAGUGGAACUUAUAUCUUAUGAAAGACAAGGCAUCUCAAAGUAAAGAAGACGAAGCAAUAGAACUUCCAGCAGACGACGAGAGCUACGCAUUUGAAAAACUGGUUUCUGAAGAUCAAAUAGCUGUUGAAGAAGAUGGUGACGAAACCAAUGUUUCAGCUGGGCAGACUAAUAGUACAGGAAUGAGGGUCUCGUUCGUCGAUGAUGGCAGCCUCCAGCCUGACGAGCUUUUUGCAAGGUUGGUUUCGGAAAGCCAGCCGGAUGAAAUUGAAUGGGAGGAAGAUUACGGAAGUGAUGCACGAAUAUCUUCCGCCAAAGAAGCUCAAGAUGAAGCAGGAUCUGGCAGUCUUUCUCGUUUUCAAAGAAAUGACGUGAUUACUGAGACAGGGGCUCAGAACUUCCAGGUUUCGUUUGUGGACGAUGGCAACCUUGAGGUUGACGAGACAUUUCAAACUUUGGCUCGUGGUCAAGAGGACGAAGAGAUCGACUGGGAAGACGACGGGCACGAGGUGGUGUCAGUCUGUGAACCUGAUGCUCGGAAACAGUCUAAGAUGAUCGGUAUUGGAGAUUCUGCUUUGAAAACUACCGGUGUCAUGGAAUUAAACGGGAACAAACAAGCUGAAAUUCAAGCAGGUUCUACUGUUCUCAAUCAAGGUGAAAGAUACGAGCGUACGAAAGACAUGCAGGCUGAUAGUCACCCUCCUCAAGCUGAUAAAGUCCUGCCUGACGCUGAAAAAGUUGAAUGGGAGGAAGAUGAUAAUGUCGCACAAAAUAUUUCCGAGAACACUUCGCUAGUGGACGUUGGCGAGCCAGACGCCACGAAAAGUGAAGAAAACCAUCCGCUGGUUUCAAAACCGGACGAUGACAAAGGCACUGGAGGGGAAGAAGUUGCACGGAACGUUUCUCCUGGUAAAUUGAUUGAGCAAAAACCGGACAACGAGGACUCAUGCAACAUUGAGCAUGGAAAGCUUACUGGAGUAUCCGACGAACAAGCUCAGAUUGAAGAAGCAAUUCGUCGAAGCCUAGUGGACUUUGGCCUUCAGAAAGCUUUUAAGCCUCUUACCAUACAAGAGCCAGACUCUGUGAAGCAUGGUGCAGUUCAGGACAUUGAAGAAUCUGAGCGCUCACGUAAAGGAAAGGCAGUGCUCGACAACACAUUGGAAAAACAAGCUAAUGAGUUGGAAAACACUGAAGUAGUCCAUGAUUUGGAUCAAAGCAGGAAGGCAACGAUGAUAACAGAGGAUGAAGAACGGUUUCUCGAUGCUGAGGACAGAGCUGCUCGGCACGCACGGAUCAACGAGGAAAGGGAAAACUUGCUACAAGAAGAAGCGGAGCUUCGAGCAGAGAAAAAGAGAAACGAACGUAAUGCGGAGACGGUUACAAAUGAAAUGUUUGCCGAGUGCCAGGAACUACUUCAACUGUUUGGGAUCCCGUAUGUGGUAGCACCCAUGGAAGCUGAAGCACAAUGUGCCUUCAUGGAUGCAGAAGAUCUCGUCGAUGGUGUGAUUACGGAUGAUUCGGACGUGUUUCUUUUUGGAGGCCGCAGUGUCUACAAGAACAUAUUCGAUGGCCACAAAUACGUCGAAACUUACUACAUGAAGGAUGCAGAGUCUGAUCUCGGUUUGAAUCGAGAUAAGCUGAUACGGAUGGCCAUGCUACUUGGCAGUGAUUAUACCGAAGGAAUAAGUGGUAUAGGAAUUGUGAAUGCCAUCGAGGUUGUGAAUGCCUUUCCUGAAGAGGAUGGGCUGCAAAAGCUUAGAGACUGGAUAGAGUCUCCGGACCUUAUGCUCCUUGACAAGGCCCAGGGUGUAUCUCGGAAAUCGACCAAGAAAUCGCAAGAUAAUCUCGAUGGGAGUGAUGACGCUGGCGUGCAGCUUGACAAGAGAAAAGAAAUAUUUAUGCACAAACACCGUGCAGUAAGCAAGAACUGGACGAUCCCUUCUUCUUUUCCCAGCAAAGCUGUAGUUGAGGCGUAUGAAUGUCCUCAAGUAGACAAGUCGAAGGAAACCUUUUCGUGGGGUCGCCCUGACCUCGACUUACUUCGGAAGUUUUGCUUUGAAAAAUUCGGAUGGACAAAGGAAAAAGCCGAUGAACUUCUAGUUCCAGUUCUGAAAGAGUACGAUCGUCAUGAGACGCAACUACGAAUCGAUGCGUUCUACAGCUUCAACCAGCGAUUCGCGAAGAUCCGAAGCAGCAGGAUUCAGAAAGCCGUCUCUGGGAUAACGGGGCAAACACUGCCGGAGAUGAUUUAUGGUGCCAUUCCAGCCACGAAGAAGACAAGGAGGAUAAAACCAUCGGACGAAAACUCUGCUCCGAAGCCAAGGAAGAGAAAAGCGACAGCUGCUGGGAAAAAAACUGAAGCAGCUCAAAGGACGCCGAGAAAACGUCAAGCAAGAGCCAAAGGUGGAGCCGCAAAGGAUACAGAGGCGCAGGUUCCGGAAAUCACAACACCCGCAGAACGAACACUGGACGAAACACCUGAAGAUGGCGGCGCACGAGAGUUUGUUUCAACGGCGGAAGGAUCUCAUUCGGAAGACCGAGAGUUCGUUCCAAUGGAGGAGGACAUUGCAGCUUUCGAGGCAGCAGAAAAAUCGUCGGGAGGAGGAGGAGGAUUUAUUUUGGAAGAUCCAGAGGCUCGAGAGUUUGCUGCUCCGAGAGCACACGCAUCAAGUGGAGGAGGAUUUAUUCUAGAGGACUCGGAAGAUCUUCGUGGUCCUACAGAGGAGGACCUCGAAGCUUACGAAGCAGAAGAAAUGGCCGAGAUGGAAAGAGGUGGAGGAUUCAUCGCGGAAGAUCAAGAUGGAGAAGUUCGUCGCCAAGAGGAAAAUCUGGAAGAGUUUUCUCUGGAUCGUCCCGGAGCUCCGGAAGAAGAAGAUCGUCGCGAGAAACAAUGGAGAGACGAAAGAGAUGGUGACGAAGAAAGGCGCGAUCCGAGCUUGCUGGCCAUUCCAAACUUUCGAAGAAAACGCAAAAGCAACGAUUAGUUUUGCUUUAAUGUGGCCAUUUAAUGAAGGGUUUAGGGCUCUCG